CGGACACGGCAUCGGCUCCCCCGAGGGCACCGUGGAUCUGGGGACACACAGCAAGGGGACGAGGGGCCCUGACACCCCCUGUUCCCACUGCCCCGCGGGACAUUCGCCCCUGGGCAGGGAUAUUUCGGGACGUGCGCCUUUCCUGCAAUACCCAAUCCUCUUUGGCACAGCAUAACGCAGCUCCCGGGGGGAACACGGCGGAGGUGGCACGGUGGCACGGCUCCAGCCAGGAUCAGCAAUUUCGGCAGGUCCCGCUGAAAAGCGGCGAUCCCACACCAAGUCACGAGGGAAGCUCCAGCUGCCCCGAGCGGGGCCGGGUCUGGGCCGGCCCCGGCCGUGUCCCCGUCCGUCCCAAGGCACGCAGCCGGGCAUUCCUGGGGGGCCGGGCCGGCCGGGCUGCCCCAGCCCCUAUAUGAGCCCUGCCCGCGGGCAGCGCCGGCACAGGCAGCGCACAGCCCGGCCAUGGAUGACAUCUACAAGGCAGCCGUUGAGCAGCUGACAGAAGAGCAAAAAAAUGAGUUCAAGGCUGCCUUUGACAUCUUCGUGCUGGGGGCAGAGGAUGGCUGCAUCAGCACCAAGGAGCUGGGGAAGGUGAUGAGGAUGCUGGGGCAGAACCCCACCCCCGAGGAGCUGCAGGAGAUGAUAGAUGAGGUGGAUGAAGAUGGCAGUGGCACUGUGGACUUUGAUGAGUUCCUGGUUAUGAUGGUCCGGUGUAUGAAGGAUGACAGCAAAGGAAAAACCGAGGAGGAGCUCUCAGACCUCUUCAGGAUGUUUGAUAAAAAUGCUGAUGGCUACAUCGACCUCGAGGAGCUGAAGAUCAUGCUGCAGGCAACAGGAGAGACCAUCACUGAGGAUGACAUAGAGGAACUGAUGAAAGAUGGGGAUAAAAACAACGAUGGCAGGAUUGACUAUGAUGAGUUCCUGGAGUUUAUGAAGGGGGUUGAAUAAAUCUGAGGCCAGAUGGACAGCUUGAAUCUCCUAAACCCUCCAGCUCUGCUUCUCAUCUCCUUGACUAAGUCUCCUGGCUACCAGCAUGAAGACUGAGUGCUGAGAAGGGUGGCCAGGGGGAAAUAAAACCUGUUAAUACCCAGUG